CCAAGGGGGGAUUCCUCAGGCAGCCUUUGCCACCUCUGCAUGGCUGCGACCCGGCGAGAGGAGAGUUGUGGCCGCUGAGACCUGGUGUCCUUCGACGGCCUGGCUGAUUCGGGACCCUGCCGCAGAAGGCGCCCUGCCACAGGCCCCCAGCUCAGCCAUGCUGGCCUGUCUGCAGAGGACCCAGAACGCCCCAGGCCAACACCUGGCUUGCCCGACCAAGAGCCUGGAGCUGCGCAAGUGCGAGACAGUGGGCAGCUCCAUGCAUUCCUCCCGCUACCCGAGCCCGGCUGAGCUGGACGCCUACGCCGAGAAGGUGGCCAACAGCCCGCUCUCCAUCAAGAUCUUCCCCACCAACAUCCGUGUGCCCCAGCACAAGCACCUCAGCCGCACCGUCAACGGCUAUGACACCAGCGGCCAGCGCUACAGCCCCUACCCGCAGCACACGGCCGGCUACCAGGGCCUGCUGGCCAUCGUCAAGGCCGCCGUCUCCUCCUCCGGCGCUGCUGCGCCUGCUGGGCCCGCCAAAAGCGUGCUCAAGAGCGCCGAGGGCAAGCGGACCAAGCUUUCGCCGGCUGCCGUGCAGGUGGGCAUCGCGCCCUAUCCGGCGCCCAGCACUCUGGGGCCCCUGGCCUACCCCAAGCCGCCCGAGGUGCCCGCCCCGCCGCCCGGCCUGCCCGCGGCCGCCGCCACCGCCGCCUCUGUCAUCCCCCUGCCCGGCCGCGGCCUGCCCCUGCCGCCCUCCAACCUGCCCUCCAUCCACAGCAUCCUCUACCAGCUCAACCAGCAGUGCCAGGCCCCGGGCGCCGCGCCUGCCGCCUGCCAGGCCGUGGCCGUUCCCCACCCCAGCCCGGCCAAGCAUGGCCCCAUGCCCAGCUUCCCCAGCAUGGCCUACUCGGCCACCGCCGGCCUGCCCGACUGCCGCAAAGGCACUGAGCUGGGCCAGGGAAGCACACCGGCCUUGACGUUGGCUGGGGCCACCAAGCCUGCGGGGUAUGCGGAGGGUGGCCUGGAUUACCUGCUGUGGCCACAGAAGCCGCCCCCACCACCACCCCAGCCACUGAGGGCAUACAGUGGUGGUGCAGUGGCCAGCAAGUCCCCUGAAUCCUGUGCAGGACGGGUGUAUGAGCGGGCUAGCGGGUCACCCCUUAACUGCGGCGUGGGGCUGCCUGCCAGCUUCACCGUGGGCCAGUACUUCGCCACCCCCUGGAACAGCGUGCUGGUGACCCCCACCAGCGACUGCUACAACCCAGCGGCGGCGGCAGUGGCGGUGACCGAGCUGGGGCCGGGGGCAGCCAGGGAGCUGGCGGGGCCCCCGGCGGAGACCCUCUCAGGCCUACCCAGCAAGAGUGUGUGCAACACGGCCGUGCUGAGCAGCUCCCUGCAGUCGCUGGAGUAUCUCAUCAAUGACAUCCGGCCGCCCUGCAUCAAGGAGCAGAUGCUCGGCAAGGGCUACGAGACAGUGGCUGUGCCCCGGCUGCUCGACCACCAGCACGCCCACAUCCGCCUGCCCGUCUACAGAUAAGGCCUGCCCGACAGAUGCACAGACUGACGGGGCGCCGGGGGGGGGAGGCAGGCCGCAGAACAGGGUGGGCGGCACGUAGGGGGGCCAGCCCUGCCCUGUGUCCGAGUGCCCGGGGAUGCCCAUAGGGAAGCCGGGCUGGCUGCUGCCAUGUGGCCACCCGAUGGGGAGUGGCAAGGUGACCUCACUUGCCAAGGUCCCUCCCCACCCAGGGUGGUCUGCCCCGGGAUGCGGGGAGGGCCCAGGGCAGCCACUGACGUCCACAUCUUCCUCCAUCCAAGCUGACAGAGCAGGGAGAGAGGAACCAUUUAAACACAGGAAUGGUGGUUCCUGGCUCUCCAGGAGAGGGGCUCCUGCCACAGUGGGAUGCAGGAGGAAAUGUGAAUAGGCUGGUCUAGAGUCAGGGUAGGGACAAAGCAGCCCCCAGGGCUCAGCCAGUUUCUCCCUCCGCAAGCUCCCCAGCCUCCCGGAAAAAGAGCAGAGGGGACCUACAGGAAGUCACUGGGCCCACAGCGCCCCUCACUGCCCAGUCCUCUAAUCUAAUAGAGGCUCUGGACCACUGGUCCCCCUGCUCCUCCUCUCCUAGGCUCUCUUCUCCUCCCCACCAUUCCUUCCCAACCCAGAAUCCCAUCGCCAUCCUCCAAAACCUGGACUGCCACCUGCCCUCUUCCCUCCAGUACAUCGUACAGGGCUGCUGGGCACAGUUGUGCAGGCUAUGUACUGCACAAGGGCAACUCAUCCAAGGAGACACCACUUGCAUCCUAAACUUGUAUAUUUAUUACAGCAAUUUUCUGAAUCUCGAGGAAGGGGCACCAUUUACCUAUUCGCACAAAGGCACCACAGGGGCUACAAUGUCAGAGGGAUCAGACCCUGCCUCCUUCAGGGGUUCUCCUAGCAAGGGGGCUACCUGCUGGUUUUAAUCAGGAGAGCCAAUGCAACUCCCUUCCUGCAAGCCGCCCUCCAAGGCCUGCCCCACACCAUGAGGGGAAAGGCGGGCAGGGGCCCCCCCAUUAGGUCCCCGAAGCCUGAUUUUCCCCAAGUCCUGGCCCCUCUGGCACUCUGGAAGUGGUACUGUAUCUCUCUCCAAGGCCUGUUCAAGCACUAAGUGCAUUUACAAAUCUCUGAGAAUGUUUUUUUUUUAUACUAAAAUUGACCAUUAUAUUCUACUGUGAGAAGUGCAGUCUGCACUAUAUUGUUUUAAAAACGAAGAGAAAGAAAAAAA